AUGACGUCGGAUGAGCUGGCUCGCUCACGAGAAGGUCGAGAUGCACAACCAGCACGUCAGGUGUCACCACCAGGGAGCCUCUAUGCCAUGAGCGAUGAUGAAGAGGGCGAGUACAACACCAUUACACAUACCGAGACGGGGAGAGGUGUCAAGUUACUCUACUCCAAGAGCAAGGUCUACAUCCACCCAACGCCUUCCUCCAAAGACAACAUCCCCGGCUUCAUAGCCCUCCUCCAGCAAAAGCCAGGGCCCGGCGCUAGGCCCUCCUCUGCCGACUCCCGAAACUCCCAGACGAUAGCCUCUUCCGACCUUUUGCUGGCAUGGCUGCCCGAAUCCCAGCUCGGCGAGGCCGCCAGUACGUACGUCAAAGUUGACCUUUCUGAUGGCGACUCUCCCCCGAAACAGUCCUACCUCGUCCCUCCGCCUCCGACAGUCACCACCCACCGUGGGUCCAUUGGCCACUAUUCCUUCGCCAUCCCCGUCAGCGCCAUCUACAGCCUGCUCGUUCGCCCACCGAGCCUAGGAUGGUGGUUCGGCUCAGUCAUUAUCAACAGCAGGGCUGGGGAUAGCUUCCCGGCCCUAUUCUUCCACGACAGCGAGUGUGAGUCGACCAUACUACAAAAGAAGAAGCACAUGAAGGACAAGUUCGACCCUUUUGGGGAGAGCGGCCAGAUGUUCUGGGGUGGCGACGAGGUCCUCAGGUGGCUCAGGAGAUAUGUCAAGAUCGAAAGGAGCGAGGCGGAACCAAACAUCUACCUGGUCGAGCCCUCCACAGAAGAUAGCGAGGGCUUCGGCGGCAAACCCACCGCCAGCACGCCCUCGUCCAUUGGCCGCCGGGAUAGUAGCCGUGGCGUCACGGUGGGCGGUGCCGCUGGGGCGAAGCCAGGCUCCGGUGCUGGCUCUAGCAGGGACGCACAGAUGGAUCCGUUCACCAAAUUCGUCAAGGAGACUGGGUGGAACAUCAUGGAGAAAUUCAGCAAGGUGACCACCUUCACACGGAAUGCCGCCAACGACGUCCUCGACAACCCUCGCGUGCCGCCGCAGGUGAGAAGCCUCCUGCGCAAUCCCGAGGUCAAGACUUUGCAGGAUGAGUUUGACAGUGCGAGGAUAUACCUGGCGCGAUGGGCGAUGGGCAUAGCGGAACAGAGCGAGCGGGAUCGCCGCCAGAGGAUAUGGACUGCGCAGGAUGUCAUGGAGAUGGAGGACACUGACGUGGGCGAGUUUGAGUUGCUGGAGGGCACGAGCUCUUUCUCGUUGGAGGAGAGGCGACGACCUGUCACUUCCAAGGAGUGGGCAACCUUCUUCGACGAGAGGACAGGCAGGCUGUCCGUUACUGUGGAUGAAGUCAAGGAAAGGGUGUUCCACGGUGGGCUAGACCCGGAGGACGGUGUGCGGAAAGAAGCAUGGCUGUUCCUCCUGGGUGUCUACGACUGGCACAGCACCGAGACUGAACGCAAAGCCCAAAUUGCUUCACUCAGAGACGCCUAUGUGAAGCUCAAAGGUUCGUGGUGGGAGAGACUCGUCGAUCUUGGCGGUCAGGGAGAGGAAGGCGAUUGGUGGAGAGAGCAACGUGCACGCAUCGAGAAGGACGUCCACCGCACUGACCGAAAUGUUCCCAUCUUUGCAGGCGAGAACAUCCCUCAUCCGGACCCUGCCUCCCCUUUCGCGGAAGUUGGCACCAACGUGCACAUGGAGCAGAUGAAGGACCUCCUACUCACAUACAAUGAGUACAACAAGGAGCUCGGCUACGUCCAAGGCAUGUCGGAUCUACUGGCGCCUAUCUACGCCGUAAUUCAGGACGAUGCGAUAGCUUUCUGGGCCUUCCAGCACUUCAUGGACCGCAUGGAGCGCAACUUCCUCCGCGACCAGUCCGGCAUGCGCACGCAGUUGACCACGCUGGACCAGCUUGUGCACUUCAUGGACCCCAAGCUGUGGGAGCACCUGGAGAAGGCGGACAGCACCAACUUCUUUUUCUUCUUCAGGAUGUUGCUGGUGUGGUACAAGCGGGAGUUUCCCUGGAUGGACAUCCUGCGGCUGUGGGAGGCCCAGUGGACGGACUACAAGACCAGCAGCUUCCACUUGUUCGUGGCUCUGGCUAUUCUGGAGAAACACCGGGACGUGAUCCUCACGCACCUUCAGCAUUUUGAUGAGGUGCUGAAAUACGUCAACGAGCUCUCUGGUAGUAUCGAUCUCGAGUCUACACUCAUCCGCGCCGAAGCGCUCUUCAGGAAAUUCCAGCGGCUCAUCGAAGCCAUCGACAAGAAGAACAAUUUCCCAGCCCCUCGUUUCAGCUUGAACACGGCUGCACCAUCGCUCUUCCCCCCUCGGCCAUCACCUCCGCCAGCCGCCAACAACAACAAUGACAACCGCCCCUCCACGCCUUCCGGUAGCAGCGGCAGCACCCAGCAGCAACAAGCGGACAAGGGCAAGCAGCCCGAACCGAAGAGCCCCGGCGGCCGGCAGAAGAUCAUCACCCCGGAGCUGAGGAAGCUGCUGAGCAGGGAGGUGGUGGUGCUCCCGAGGAAGGAGGUGGCACAGAAGGGCGACGGGAUCCUGUCGAAGCCCGCGGGCGCACACGUGCGAUGA